GUAGUCACUAGGGUCUACAACAACACACCCGCCAAAUUUGAACAUGGAUAGAUUCUUGUGAAUUGUGAAUAUAGUUUAGAUAUUGUUGUGAAUGGCUUUCUAGUGGCAAAACGUGCCAGAAAACAUCCAACAUGACUGCGAAAAUGAAAGAAUUGACCGAUGGCUCAAUGCAGCAACAACAAGGACCCAACAGUUGUGACAGUGACUCAAUCAAAGUAUUUGUGCGGGUGAGACCGCUGACCAAGGGAACUGGCCUGACCACUGAUGGAGACAAAGGCCAAUGUCUCACUGUCACCUCUACCAACACCAUCCUCCUGAACUCUAAACCAGAGCCCAGACCCUUUAUCUAUGACCAUGUUGCUGACAUGGAGACCUCCCAGGAUUCUGUAUUCUCCAUUGUGGCCAAGAACAUCGUUGAGUCGUGUGUGAAUGGAUACAAUGGAACCAUCUUUGCCUACGGACAAACUGGGUCUGGGAAAACAUUCACAAUGCUUGGUCCGUCUGAUUCCGACAACUUCACUGAUGACUUACGUGGCGUUAUCCCUCGAAGUUUUGAGUACCUGUUUUACCUCAUCAACAGGGAGGUAGAGAGGUCUGGGAAUACCAAGAGCUUUCUGUGCAAAUGCUCCUUUAUUGAGAUCUACAAUGAGCAGAUUUAUGACCUACUGGACAGCGCUUCAGCCAGCCUGUUCCUCAGAGAGAACAUCAAGAAGGGGGUGUUUGUGGAAGGGGCUGUGGAGAAGUUUGUCACAUCAGCUGCGGAAGCUUACCAGGUGUUGUCGAUGGGCUGGCGUAAUCGGCGCGUGGCCUCCACCUCCAUGAACAGGGAGUCUUCGCGGUCCCAUGCUGUCUUCACCAUGACCUUGGAGUCCAAGGAGACUGCUAAGGAAGUGGUGAACAUCCGCAUGUCCCAGCUGAACCUGGUAGACCUGGCCGGGUCUGAGAGGCAAAGGGACACGCACACGGAGGGUACCAGACUGAAGGAAGCCAGCAGCAUCAACCUCUCACUCAUGUGCCUGGGUCAGGUGAUCAUGGCGCUGGUGGAUGUGUCCAAUGGGAAGAGCCGGCAUAUUUGCUACAGGGACUCCAAACUCACCUUCUUGCUUCGGGACUCUCUUGGAGGAAAUGCUAAGACCUACAUUAUAGCCAACGUGCAUCCCGGCUCUAAGUGCUUUGGGGAAACACUGUCCACCUUACAAUUUGCCCAGAGAGCCAAGUUGAUCAAAAAUAAGGCCAUGAUCAACGAAGACACGCAAGGGAAUGUGAGGCAGCUACAGGCUGAGGUAAAGAAGUUGAAAGAGCUGCUAGCUCAGGCACUGUCUGCCCAGACACAUAAUGGAGAUGUGGCCCCAGGAGGGCCCCAGAUACCUACUGAGCCGACUAAAUGUGGUGUUGACGCGUCAUAUAAGACCAAGUUUUUACAAGCUGUGCGUCUGUGGAAAAAGCGUGAAAAUGACAAGCAGAUGCUGCUCCAGAAGGUGGCUCAGCUUGAGGAGGCCUGGGCUCAGAAGGAGAAGUUCAUCCACUCCAACCGCAUGAUUCUCAAGUUCAGAGAAGAGCACAUCUCUCGCCUGGAGAAGAGCUUGAAGGAUGGCCAGGUCUUACUGUCUGACCCGCAGAGUCAAACCCCUGUCGACAAGCUCAAGGAGGAGAUCAAGAUCCUCCGGGACCAGAUUGAACAUCACCCGAAGAUGACCCGGUACGCAGCAGAAAACUACAGCCUCAGGGAGGAGAAUCGACAGCUCCGCUCCCUUGAAUCUGUGAGGAGAGCUGAGCAGGCUGCCUGUCAAGCUGCUGCAGAAUUAGAGGAAGAAUUCCAGAGGGUUCUGGAGACUGAACGGUCUGAUGAAAUUCAGACAUCCUACUCUACUCCAGUGACUGCUGAGAACAUCUCUGCCAUCUCCAUGGAGAGGCUGAAGGCCCAGUUUCUGCAGAAACAAACAGAGCUCACAGCCACCAUCCAAGCUUUUGAAGAGUAUAAGGAGCUCACCAAAAAACAGAUGUCAGAGUUGGAAUCUGAGAAGAGAUACCUGAAUAAGUCCAACAAACAUCUGGAGAGCAUUCUUGAGGCCACAAAAGCUCACAAGAAACAGGAAGUUUCACAGCUGAAUAAGAUUCACUUUGAAACAAUCAAGAUUCUCACCACCCCGACCAAGGCCUACAACCUGCGGACCCGUCUGGUUCCUCUCUCCAGUCCUGAGCACCUGAACCAAAACCAGGGAGAAGAUGAGGACAUGGACGACAUCCGGAGUGAGCAGCCUCCACCAGAGAUGACUGAGAUGGCCUGUGUGGCUCUGACUGAGGAGCUGCAACUGGUGCAGGAGCAAGCCAGUCUGGUGCAGACCCGGCUGGACCAGGAGGAGCUGAAGAGCAGGAAGCUGCAGCAGCAGAUCGCCAUGCUGGAAGAGCAGGUGACUGGAUUGAUUGAGGAGUCCAACCGCAAGGACCAGCUUUUGUCCACUGAGCGAAAUGACUGGAACAGAGAACAGGUGGUUCUUCGGGAGACUGUCAGUAACUUGGAGCAGACUUUAGAUGCUGAAAAGAAGACCGGGGAGGUGCUGAGGAGUGAGGUGCAUGACCUACGCCUGGUGCUGCAGUCCUCAGAUCGGGAGCUGGCGGCGGUGAAGAAGGAGCUGUCUGAUGCCCACGGUGAGGAGAAGGAGAUAUCUCACCUCUCCAGCAGCCUGAUCAGCACUCAGCUACAGCUCCAAGAAGUCCGGCGGGAGUGGGAACAGCUCCUGGAGGAGCAGCGGUCUCUGCAGGAUGCCUUUGACCAGCUCCAGGCCGAGGCCAAGUUUGAUGCAGACCAGUCCAGGCAGUGGCUAGAGGAGAAGCAGCAGGAGAUCACCGCUCAGCAGGCUCAUAUCAAGGAAUUGACUAACGCCCUGCAGUCUGAAAGAGAACAUAUCACCAAUCUGACGUCCCAGUUGAAAGAGGAUAAGGAGAGCACUUUAGAAGAGCUUGUUCAGACUAUGGAGCAGAAUGUAGUGCUAAGGAAGGAAGUGUCUGACCUGAAUAACCAAAACAAACAACAGGCUUCUAUUAUGGCAAGCCUCGAUCAAAGUCUGACUACUGCUAAUGGGACCAUAACACGUCUUGAGCAAAAGAUUGAGCAAGACCAAGGGGUAGUGCUGGAGCUCAUCAACCAGACCAGAGACCUCCGCAGUGAGCUGGCCCAGAAGGUCCAGGGCCUCGCCAUGCUGUCUGGAGAUGUCAAGGACCUCACAGCUAAGUACAGUGCUGCUUGCUCAGAGAGAGAGGAGAUCAAAGAACACAACUUGAGGAUGGAGGCAGAGCUACAGGACUUGAGAGAAAUAGCUGAAAGGAAGGUGGCUUCUAAUCUGAUAGAGGUGGAGGUGUUACAGGAGGAGGUGGCCUAUGCCACUGAAGAGGUGGAGCGACUUACCAAGGUGUUGGAUGAGCAGGCAGGUCUUCUCCAAGCUUCGCAGGAUCAGAAUGCCCAGAUGGAGGCUGCAGUCCAAACUCUCCAGCAGAAGUUAAAACAGCAGCAUGAGGCAGUUGAGAGGACGGUCAGAGAGAGUUCCAAUCAUGUCUCCCCUGGUGUCCUGACGCCGACGCCUCGCACCCCCAUGAGCUUCAACAAUGACCUGAACAAGGUGCUAGAGAGCCAGGAAAGGGAGCUUGAGAGCCGACGCUGCUCCAUGAUUACUAUGGAGGUGCUCCUCAGUGAGCUCAGUGCUGAACGAGCCGCAAAGAAUGAGGAGAUACAGAGGCUCAAGGCUCAGCUGACUGAGAAAGAAAUUGUGCGAAUAGAGAUUCAAAGUCUACUUGACCAGUUCUACACUAAGCAGAACCAACUGGCUCAAAAUGGAAAUGCAAAUGAUGUUGUUUUGAACGAGGUCCUUCACCAGAAUGUCUUGAGGGAGCUGCAGGAGGAGAGGACCGCAAAGAGCCUAAUAAUGCAGAGGCUCACAGAGGCUCAGGAAAGACUGCAUGGUCAGGAGUCUGUGUUGGCCCAGUCUCAGACCCAUGUCCAGAAGCUGACUGAUGAGCUAAGGAACCGCUGCCUGGAGCUGAGAGAGCUUAACCAGAAGCUACCAGAACAGGAGAGACUAAAUCAGGAAGUGGAAGUUCUUCGUAAGCAGGUUGACCACCUGUCUGAAGAGAAUGGUAAGCUUGUGGGGCAUAAGAACCAUAAGCAGAGGAUUGAGUACCUGGUCAAGCUGAAAAAGGAGAACACCAAACUUCAAGAGGAAAACGAAAAACUCAGAUCGGAAAUGAGUUUGCGUGAGUGAAAAUGCUUGAAGCUGGAAUGCUUGGGCAGUUUUUGGCGGCUGAACAUUUCAUGUUAACUGGGAACACCUCUCCUGAACAGAACGAUAUUGCCACUACCUCUCUGCAGGUGGAACCAGAGGCUACUUAUUCUCACCUGCAGCUACUGCAGCCUCCCAGGUUCAUGUACUUAAUUGUGUACUUUAACCAGAACUCUUAAUGGCGAAUUUGUUUUCUACGCUGUGUUUCAACAUGCCUACGUCUUAUCCUGUCUUUUGGAGCAUUGUUUGUCUCGUGUUGUUUUUAUUAAUUUUACGUUUCAGAUUUGUGCUGAGAAUAGGUUAGCGUGGAAGUCAUUUCUUGGUGCUCUGUCUGCUGCUACUCUAAUCUAAUAAACUCUUUGUUACAUGA